AUGGGGUUUGGUGGUUUGUUUAAGGAGCUUGCUGUGUUUGCAGUUAUGGUAACAAUUAUGGCGACUUCAGUAGCAGCUCAACCAAAACCUGGGUGUCAAAGCCACUGCGGAAACAUAAGCAUCCCAUACCCUUUUGGUACAAGCAAUGGUUGCUACAUCAGCAGGGACUUCUUCAUUAAUUGUGACACCUCUUUUAACCCCCCAAAAGCAUUCUUAAGCGACACUGGUUUAGAAUUACAAGUUCUCAACAUCUCCCUGGAUGAUGGUUCUUUGCGCAUUCAAUAUCACAGGUCCGUAGGCUAUGACUGUUAUAAUUCAUCAGGGCCCACUUCAUAUGACACGUCCGUGUUCCUUCAUAGAAAAUUCUCCAUAUCUUACUCCAGAAACAAGUUCACUGCCAUUGGUUGUGACACUAUCGCCUACAUCAAUGGUUUCUCCGGACCUGACUCUUCAAACAUAACGGCUAUCCCUAGAGGAAUGCAGGCUUAUUUCUUCAAUUUUACUACUCUUCAGAGUCAUUCCACAGUGUUGAGGUUCAAUCCUUGCAGUUAUGGAUUUCUUGUGGAAGAUGGAGUCUACACAUUCUCUACAUCAGAUCUUUCCAACAUAGAUUUCAACAAAAGGAAAUACCCACUUAUUCUUGAUUGGGCAAUCGGGGAUCAAACAUGUGAAGAAGCUAAAAUGGACCCAAAAAAUUAUGCUUGCAAGCAAAAUAGUGCUUGUAUAGAUCCAGAAAGUGGCCCUGGAUAUUUGUGCAAGUGUAAUGAUGGUUUUCAGGGUAACCCUUAUCUCUCCAACGGCUGCCAAGAUAUUAAUGAAUGUGAAGCACUGAAGCCUUGCAAUGAAUUUGGAAUAUGUCAUAAUACACUUGGAAGCUAUUAUUGUACAUGCCCUGAAGGAUUUGAGGGUGAUGGUCGGAAAUAUGGAACAGGUUGCUCUCCUAAACCCAAGGCGCAUCGCGAGAGUUUUCCCAUUCUUCUUGUCGCACUAGGUUGGUACACUUAAGUAAAUGUUACUUAAGAAGAGAUUUUCUAUGGAUUUGUGUAUUUAUAUUUUUAUUGAUUUAAAAUUGAUGAGAUGACUUAUUUUUAUUGAUGCUUAAAAAUUAAUUUUU